AUGAGUGAUUAAGCCAAUAUGAUUACUUAUAUUGUAAAAUUAGAAGCCACUUACACAAAAUUAAAAUAAAAAAUGAUAAGAGAAAAGAAUAUGUUCAAAAGUGUCCUUUAAAAGUAAUAAUUUAUUAAACCAAAGUUUAUCAUAAAAUUUAGGUGUCAAAUGUAAUGAAUCAUAUUUUGAUUAAUUAAUAAUUUAAGAUGAGGAUCCUCUAACAAAUUGGAAUGUUUUACUCAAUAAAUAAGAUAAUGUAAUUAGAAUAAGGAAAGAUAUCACCAAAAAAGAAACAAUCUAAAUAAAAUAAAAAAAAAAAAGAAGAACUAAAGAAUAAAUGUAAUAAUAAAGUUUAUUGUUAUGA